AAAGGUGGACGGCAUGCCGCCAUCUUUUUCGGAUCCUUGUGGCCGCCCGCGUCCUCACCGGAACCGUUCAGUCCGCCCCGCUGCUGAAGAUGGCCAACCCGAGAGUGUACUUCGACAUCACCGCUGGCGGCGCCCCGGUCGGCCGGAUUGUGAUGGAGCUUUAUGCCAGCGAGGUGCCCAAGACGGCCGAGAACUUCCGCGCCCUGUGCACCGGCGAGAAGGGCUUCGGCUACAAGGGCUCCAUCUUCCACCGCAUCAUCCCCGACUUCAUGUGCCAGGGCGGUGACUUCACCAACCACAACGGAACCGGUGGAAAGUCCAUCUACGGCAACAAGUUUGCCGACGAGAACUUCAACCUGAAGCACACCGGCCCCGGCAUCCUGUCCAUGGCCAACGCCGGGCCCAACACCAACGGGUCCCAGUUCUUCAUCUGCACAUCCAAGACUACCUGGCUCGACGGGAAGCACGUGGUGUUCGGGAAGGUGGUGGAGGGGAUGGACGUGGUGAACAAGAUGGAGGAGAAGGGCUCCCAGAGCGGCAAGACCUCGACGAAGAUCGCCAUCGCCGACUGCGGGCAGCUCUGAGCUCAGCACUUAACCCUUUCUGCUUGUCCUGUAGCCACGCCCCUGCUAGACUCCAAGCCCCGCCCCCUUCCCAUUCAACAUUCCUAUUGAUGGAGCCCCUGACCCCGCCCCUCUUUUUUAUUCAGUUGGAUCAUGUUUGUGCAUUUGUGACUUAACGUUUCUUUUGCAUUAACGUUUGUUUCAAAGAGUCCAAACGGUUUUCUGUUGAGUCAAAAAAUGAAGAAAUAAAACGGAAAAGUUGCCUUGACGACAAAA